AUGGGUGCAUUCAAGAUAAUCAUCGUUGGCGGGGGAAUAGCCGGUCUAUCUGCCGCAAUCGCGUUACGUGGUAAUGAACGCGAUAUAGUCGUCCUGGAACAAUCGUCCAUGAGCCAAGAAAUCGGAGCAUUAAUCUCACUACAACCUAAUGCUUCCAAGAUUGUCGAAGACCAAUGGGGACUUGGCGCCCGUCUCCGCGAGCAAGGCUCCAUGAUUGACGAAGCCUUCGAGAUUUACAAUACCAAGGGUGAGCUACAAUCGCAGAUUCUCUUGUCCGCUGUGUCAUCCAAGUACGGUGCCGAUAGAGUUUGCUAUCAUCGGGUGGAUUUACACCAGGCCCUGAAAGAGAGGGCAACAUCGCCCGACUACCCUGGCCGGCCGGUGGAGUUGCGACUUUCGAGUCGAGUCCUAGAUUGUGAUUGUGAGACCGGUACUGUCAAGCUUCAAAAUGGAGAGACGAUCCAAGGAGAUUUGGUCAUCGGUGCGGAUGGUAUCAAAAGUAAACUUCGCCAGGCCGUGCUUGGUGAAGAUGUGGAAGCCCGUCCCACAGGUCUAUCGGCGUAUCGAAUAAUGAUCCCAACCGAUGAACUUCUCAAAGAGACGGACUUUAUGCAGGUUCUUGACCCUCGGAUAUGUCGGACCGCCAUGGUCAUAGGCCAAGACCGCCGCCUCGUUAUGGGUCCAGCACGAAAUGGCUCUGUCUAUGGUGUGGUAGCUCUUGUGCCUGACGAGAGAAUGAAUGAGUCUUCCAAGGAUACGAACUGGAACACGAAAGGUGAUCGCAAUAAGAUGCUGGAUACGUUUUCUAAUUUUCCCAAAUGGGCGCAGAGACCGCUUCUAUCUGCCAAGGAGGUUGGUCUAUGGCAACUGCGUGACCUAGAUCCUUUGUCCACCUGGUACCGUGGUCGUGUGCUGUUGAUAGGUGAUGCAGCGCAUGCGAUGCUUCCUACUCAGGGACAGGGCGCAGGUCAGGCUGUUGAGGAUGCCGAAGCUCUAGGGGCAUUUUAUAAGGGCUUCGAGAAGCGUUAUCCCGAUCGCUCCUUGAGCGAUAUCAGUAAGACCAACGAAGAUAUCUUUAACUGCCGCUAUGAGAGGGCUACGACGAUACAGAUGUACAGUCGCCAAGCAGCGAAGCCGGGUACAGAUUCAAGUGAAAAAAGAGUUACAAUGAAUCCAGCGGAGUUUAUGGAUUACAAUUGUCUUUAUAACGGCGCAAUGGAUUGGAAUCGUCGACGACAGGAGCAGGGUUCAGUUGCAUCUGCAGCUGCUUAA